AUGGCCAUCAUUCUUCCUGAAAACUUCGAAUACGUUACCGCUGGCCUGGUGUCAACGGUAUGGGUGCUUUUGUACCAGACGAUGACCGUGUCGAAGCACCGUAAAGCUGCAGGCGUGAAGUACCCUCAAGCGUACGCGGACAAGGCUGAGGCUGAAGCUUCCCUUGCGGCCAAGAAGUUCAAUUGCGCCCAACGUGCCCACCAAAACACACUCGAGAGCAUCCCCCCUCUUUAUGUAUCUGCUCUCAUUACCGCCCUCAAGUACCCCAUCCCCGCCGCCGUUGGCCUUGGUCUCUGGUCGGUCUCCCGCAUCGCUUAUACCGCUGGCUACACCUCUGGAGACCCCGCUAAGAGGAACACCCGAGGAGCUUGGCUCGGCUCGCUGUCUACUUUCGGCUUCCUGCUCACCUCAACCUACCUUGUUGGCCACACUCUCAUUACAAAGCACCUUUAA